AUGGUGAGCUCCUCAAACUCAAACAGUGGCACACAUGUACAAUUUGGUGACACAAGCCACACCAAGAUAUUUGUGGGUGGAUUGCCAUGGGAGACUCAAAGAGACACCAUGAAAAGCUAUUUCGAGCAGUUCGGGGAGAUCCUAGAGGCUGUUGUCAUCACUGACAAAAUCACAGCAAGAUCAAAAGGCUAUGGUUUUGUGACGUUCAAGGAUCCAGAAGCAGCAGGGAGAGCUUGUGAAAAUCCUAAUCCUAUCAUUGAUGGAAGGACAGCAAAUUGUAAUCUUGCAGCCCUGGGUGCCCAGAAGAAUCAUUCAGCCACUCCUCAACCUCAACCUCAACCUCAUGAACGUGGUGGUUUGCUGAAUGAAGCUGAGGAGGGAAUGAAGAAAUCCAGAGCAUCAUCCAGACCCUUUAUCAACACAACCUCUACGUAUUUCUAUUUCCAUCAACACAACCCCCAAUAUGCAUUCCCCUAUUAUUCUGCUUACGGAUACCCAGUUUACCAGCAGGACAACUUUGCAACGAUGCAGAGUUAUAAUUACAAUGGAUAUGGUGGUGGCGGUGGUGGUGGUGGUCGGGGCCAACGCCACUACUACUCUAACUCUAGUAAUGCUGCUGGAGGCCCUGGAGUGUAUCAUCCGUUUUGUUUCUAUUCUCCAUCUCCUAUGAUGAUUCUUGUACAGCAGCAGCAGCCACAGCAACAGGACCCAACAACAUCCAACGCCAAACUAGAACCAACAGCCUCCUCACAUACACUCACAGUCACAGGGAAACAGCAACAGCAUCCUCUCAGACAAGAUCCAACAAGAAGAAGAAACUGA